AAGGAAGUUCAAAAAGGAUAACGGGGAAGUGUGAUUUGGUCUAAAAUUGCUAUUGGUAAAGAAUAAGGAGAAGGUUUCUUGCAAAUUACUUGGAAUCUGGUUUAGUUAGAAUUUCUGACUAUGAAGAACUACUGUGACCUUUCAUGUACUUUGAGUAUUUGAAGAAACUUGUCAGUUGUUUCUUGAAUACUGUACUAAAAUCAACUUCUUUAACUUAUGAUUCUUUACAAAUAACAUUGGUAUCUUAAUAAGGCAAUAAAAUUGAAAGUAAUUUCUCCUAAAUAUUUAGAUUUUUCUAUGCCAAAAAUUAUGGCACAUAUUUAUGUGAUUGUGGAAAUGUUGGGCUGCCCUGAAGAAAAAUAAUUCAGUGCCUGUAAUUGAAUUAAUUUGUUUUUAUUUACUUCUGCACUGUUGUGAGUCCAAUAACUUAUUUUAAAUACACAUGGAAAGUUGUUGAUAUCAACAGAACUCUCUAAUUGCUUACUGCUAAGCAUAUGAAAAGGUCUUUUUGGUCAGUGGGUGAAUGAGGUCUCCAUCCUCUCUUAAAAUUCAGCCCACUAGCUUUUUGUGGAAUCAGUGCAAAGGGACAAUUCCCAUAAGUAGUUGUAUUGAUUUGAGCUGAACUACUUGCAUGUCUGAGGUAAGUAUAAUUUAGCCACAAAUGAACUGAAAGAGGCAAGGGAUUUUAAUGGGGGUGAAAAAAUGAAGAUAAAGUUUACUUAAAAAAAAAAGUUCUUUUUAUAACUACUUUGAGCAAACUGUCCACUAAAAAUAACAAACCACAAUGACUAACAGCACACUAAAUAGCUAUGCUUGUAUUUUUCAGUUAUUUAAUUAAACACCUUUUGUUUAAUAGGAAACUAGAUUAAACUCAAAAACUAUUCUAGCUAUAAUUUUAUCUGUUGGAUAUUAGUUUGCUUUAUUUGGAAAAAAAAGCCAAACAGCCUCUUCUGUGUUCAAAGAUCACAUCAGAUAACAAGAAACAGACCUAUUAUUUAUGCUAUUAACACUGAAAUAGUUUUCUUGAGGUGCAAUAUUUAUUUUUAUGCUUUAACAAGACACAUUUAUGGUUUCUCCUGCACAGCACAAAUGUUUCUAGCAAAAGGAAUUUCAAAAGGGCACUAUUUUUGUGUAUCAUAUUUAAAUUUGUAAUAUUGUAAGAUUUUGCACAAGUGUGCUGGUAUUGUACUGUAUAGUAUCACAUACUUGAGUUUUGAAAUAAAAUUAUGGUUUCAAAGUCCUCAGUGUUUUUACCUUAAAGAUUUGGGGUGCUGUGUCUGCAUAUUGAUGGCUGUGUCCUCAUGAAAUAAGUCCUGCCUUGUCUACACUGUUACAUGCUUGGAGGAUCUUGCUCUUAGUCUUCCAGUUCUUCAGGAAAAUGGUACAGAAGAGGAGAACAAACUCCUGUGUCAAUGGAGAAAGUGUUUGGAAGCAGGAUCAUCAUCAUCCCUGCCAUGCCCUAGAACCAGCUGAGAGAGGAAGCUGAAAUAUCCUGGGGAGAGUUUAACUCCUGCUUCGGGGGAGGCCACAUGUCCCAGAGGAGGCUGAACAUGGGAGCCACAAGGGAAAUUGUAACCCAGGGAUUCUGAGUGUAAGGUCAGGAGUCUUUAUUUGCUUCGUGGACUUGGGAGGUCUGGGAAGUCUAGUGGGGAGCAGACUUCCCUGACAGUGGGUAGGAGUCAGUCCUAAAGUUCUGAAUCUCUGAUGGUCCCCCCAGGGACAAACUCUGGGACAUCAACACCUGGAAAAGAAUUACUGUUUCCAUGGACAGACCCUGAUAUUUGAAUUUUCUACAUGAACAACUUUUUUGUUUCCUCUACUGUUGUUCAGAUUUCAAGGUUCCUUUUGAAAUUAUUGUAGAGAACAGUUAUAUGUGUUCUGCCUUAUCAAAAGUUGUUAGCAAUCCUCAUCAGCAUUUUAAAACAUGCUGAUAUAAAAGGUCGGGAAUUUUUCAUAUAGGUUACAAUAACUAUUUCGGUCAAAGACUAAUUAAUCAUUCAGCAUAGAUCUGCUUUUUUUACCACACUGAUUAUGAAGAAGACACACCAAAAGGUUAAAGACCUUUUGUACUGUUACAGUCCAGAUAAGUGAUCUUCCACACAGUUUUGGAGCAGCUGAACUAUAAAAAGGAAGAAACACACAAAAACCAAAGUUAUUUCAGUCUUGCUUUGUCAUUCUAAAAUUCUGUUCUCCCUCUCCUAAUCUGGAAGACCUUGUGAAGGAGCUUGUAUUGUUUGGUGUUGAAAGAUGUUUAUCUCAUUUUUACAGCUAAAAAUCCUAUUAAACAUCAAGAGUUUGACUAAGGGAACUUAGCCAUGGUACAAAAUGUUACGAUCUGGCAGGACAAGUAGCAUGCAAUUUUAAAAUGCCAGAAACACAGCUAUUUAUUAAUUUUCAUGGUAGGAAAUACUUAGCAGAUCAAAGUAAGUUUUUUCAAUGGAAAGAUUUCAUUUAAUGUUCUCAGUAUUUUACAACCACAGUAUGUAGUCCUUGAGACCUACAGAAUAACUAAUAAUUAGUUUCUGCUUCUACCUUGUAAAUGCCAGUGAAUCCUCUUACAGCCUUCUUCAAGCGGGAGCUAAGUCUGAUAACAGUAUCUGACUUUGCCAUGGCUUUGUAGAAGCAGGUGAGUACAGCACAAUAAGGGAGGGAAACAGAAAUUGGAGCUAGAACUUUGUCUAAAGAUCUCAUUGAGUUUUACCAAAUUCAGUUCCAAACCACAGCCCAAACACAACCUAAUUUUCAUUCCAUCAUUGCUAAUGGAGACAUGAUCUCACUGACCCCCAGCAUUCUCUUCAGGCCCUGUCUGUGUUACAGAGCACCACCUAAUAACCCUGUUACAUGCUGCUGCAGGAGAUGUGCUUGUGCCCCAUUAAAAGUUAAUACCCUUUAUAUUGACUGGGGACUUUCUAAAUGCAAACCACAGCUUAAAGAGGUAGCUUUACACUGUUACACUUGUGUUUAUAGGACUCUGAAAGCAGCCUGGAGACACUGGACAUCUAAAUGUUUGCUGAAUCACAAGCUAAACAUGAUGUAAGAAGACCAUACUGCUGCAAAAAUAAAAAGACUGACACCAUUCUGAACUGUAAAGCAGCUGUGCUUGUGAAUCAGCAGCAGUGACAUUUUCCAGCAAUCCCACAUGAAAGCUGGUGGAAAGGGUGAUGAGGGAUUUCCGCUCCGUGACCUCGCCCUGCAGUGGGACAGCCACCACGCUGCCUCUGCCAUUCUUUCUAUGAAGCACUGCACUGACAGCUGGAGUUGCUUUCCAGAAGUCAUCUCAUCAUCUGACAGCAUCCAAUACCUUAACUUGCCUCAGCACAGGAGACAAACUACCUUGAAUUUCCUAAUUUUCUGAGUUUUCCAAGCUGGUGGCAAUGGCAAAUUAUCUUGGAGUUACAUCAGCAGUGUCUUUCAUCUGGGUUAUGACAUUCCUGGCUCAAAAUUACUUUGUAACAGGUUCCAUUAAUUCACCUUGCAGGAUCAAGGGUAUAGGAAUUUAUCUUGAUCAGAAAGUGAAUUUCUCAGAAGCAAGUCAUGGAUGUAAUCAAUUUAACCUAGAGCUGGCCAGUAAAAUACAAGUGGAAGAGGCUUUGAAACAUGGCUUUGAAACAUGCAACUUUGGAUGGGUGAAAGAUGAAUUUGCUGUUAUUCCUCGGAUAACAUCCAACCAGAGAUGUGGUCAGGGAAAAACUGGAAUAGUAAAAUGGUAUGCUAGCAAGGAUACAAAAUUUCAUCUCUACUGCUUCAAUUCCUCAGAUGUCCGGAUUAAUUCCUGUCAACCAGACCCAACUACACCUGCUUUAUCAACGGCAUCAAGUGAUGUAACUGCAUCUUCAGCCUCUGAUUUGACUGAGAACAUCACAGCAGUGUCUGCCGAGGCUGUGACUGAGGCAGGGCAAUUCCUGAGAAAGAGAUUCCGCGUGGUGUGUGUGACUGAAACGCUCUCACCCACAGAGGCGCCCACCACCACACCAGUGCCAGAGGAGCCCUUCUCCACUGACUCUCCCAAGCUCACUCCCCACCUGGCCUUUAAGAAUGAUGCUGUUGUUUUUGGAGGUAUCCCCACUGCACUUCUUGUACUGGCAAUCUUCUUCUUCAUUAUCUCUGUUGUUCUAGCAGUCUGUUAUAUCAAAAAGUACAAGAAAACCUUACCAUUUAUAAACAAGAAGCAGCAAAAAGAAACAGUUGUAACUACCACUCUCAAAGAGACAAAAUCCAAUGACCAAACACCUGAGAAGGAAACACAGAAUAAUGGAAAUAAGGUAGAAGAUGGUAAAACUAAGCCUGAGGCCACAGUAAAGUGUCUAGAAGCAGAAGUUUAAAGGAAAGAAUGUACAGUUCUUGAUGGAAGUAUAAAAUAAAGCACACAGAACUUGGCAGUGCUUUUAAACAUAAGUGAUUGUAAAUACUUGUAUUUUCUCCAUCUUUAACAUAUGAAACCUUGUUUUUUUAAUGAUUACAUCUUUGGCAACAAAUAUUCUUGCAGAAGAACAUGGUAUCCUAUUUACUUGAAAUAAAUUCUACAAAUUCA